UGUGUUUCCUGAUGCUUGUUACUGUUAUCUUUGGUGAGGGCCUGCCAGACUUGGCAGUGCGUUUGCUCUUGGUGGGUUCAAGCUGAAGCGGAACAUUGUGCAGUGGAGGCGAUGAAAGGUAGCCCAGUGUUUACCCACCAGUGGAGAUAAGGCCCUCCUGCUUCCCCUGGAGGGAAGUGACUACAGUCAGAAAGCAGGUGGGACAAGCUCUACAUGUGGCAGAGGCAGUGAGUCGACCACACCUGACCAACAGGUGGUUUCACAGGGAGUGUGGUCUGCAGCAGCUGGACACUAAGCAGGCACUGUGCUCACCCAUAAGGAUGACUUGCCAUUAGUGAGCUGACGGGGCAUCUUGUGACUUUCCUUUUUUUUUUUUUUUGCCCAAGAGAAGAGGAAGGGUGUAGUGAAUGACAGACACAAAGCCAGUGGAGUCUGUGCUGUUUUUCCACUUUGACAGUUAUGAACAAGAGGAGUAUACCACUGUAAAUACAACUAAGGGAACAGGGCACACAGCCUGAAGGAAACUAGUGUGUUUCACUUUUGAGUUACAAGGAAUACUGUAGACUCUUUGGAGGCGGACACGCACAGGAGGAGUCCUGCUUGUGCGAGGGGGCUGCUGUGGGGGCCAGAAUGGAUGUGUGUUUCUCUUUGCGCUCCGAGGCAGUGGGAGCUAUGAGAGCAGCGGUGGUGUCUGCUGAGAGUCUCCAGCUCACUCUGAAGACUAAACUGAGUCGGGAGGAACAGGCCCUCACGCACUCUGACGGUCGCCCCAAGGACGCACACAAAGCCGGGAAUGAAGAUCUCAAAGAGAUGUUGGAGAGCAGCAAGGAGUCGCUCAAACUGGACGCCAUGAAAAGGGUCGUUGGGCUUAUUGCCAGAGGGAAAAAUGCAUCGGAGCUGUUUCCUGCUGUGGUGAAGAACGUUGCGAGUAAGAACAUAGAGCUUAAGAAGCUCGUGUACGUCUACCUGGUGAGGUAUGCAGAGGAGCAGCAGGACUUGGCUCUGCUCUCCAUCAGUACCUUCCAACGGGCCCUCAAGGACCCAAACCAGUUCAUCCGGGCCAGUGCGCUGAGGGUCCUGUCCAGCAUCCGCGUCCCCAUUAUUGUUCCUAUCAUGAUGUUGGCUAUCAAGGAAGCAGCAGCUGACCUGUCUCCGUAUGUCAGGAAGACCUCCGCCCACGCUAUCCAGAAGCUCUACAGCCUGGAUCCAGAGCAGAAGGAGCAGCUGAUUGAAGUGAUAGAGAAGCUCCUGAAAGACAAAAGCACACUGGUGGCCGGUAGCGUCGUCAUGGCAUUUGAGGAGGUGUGUCCAGAUCGCAUUGACCUGAUCCACAAGAACUACAGAAAGCUGUGUAACCUGCUGGUGGAUGUGGAAGAGUGGGGGCAGGUGGUCAUCAUCUCCAUGCUGACUCGAUAUGCUAGGACGCAGUUCGUCAGUCCCUGGCAGCAGGAUGCUGUGUUUGACGAGAACAACGAGAAGACCUUUUAUGAGUCUGACUCAGAGGAGAGGAAAGAUCAGAUGGAGUCCAAGCCUUACAUCAUGGAUCCAGAUCACAGACUCCUGCUCAGAAACACUAAACCCCUUCUGCAGAGUAGAAACACUGCUGUGGUGAUGUCUGUGGCUCAGCUUUACUGGCAUCUAGCUCCUAAACACGAAAUCAGCGUUGUGACCAAGUCGUUGGUUCGGCUGCUAAGAAGCCACAGAGAGGUGCAGUUCGUCGUGCUUCAGAACAUCGCCACAAUGUCUAUUCAGAGAAAGGGAAUGUUUGAGCCGUUCAUGAAGAGUUUCUAUGUCAGAUCUACGGAUGCUACACACAUCAAAACACUGAAGCUGGAAAUCCUGACCAACCUUGCCAAUGAAGCCAACAUCUCCACAAUUCUGAGGGAAUUCCAGACUUAUGUUAAGAGUCAGGACAAGGCAUUUGCAGCAGCCACAAUCCAGGCCAUUGGAAGAUGUGCAACCAACAUCACUGAGGUGACAGACACCUGUCUUAACGGCCUGGUGCUGCUGCUUUCCAAUAGAGAUGAGACCGUAGUUGCUGAGAGCGUUGUGGUGAUUAAGAAGCUGUUGCAGACUCAGCCCAGCCAACACUGUGACAUCAUCAAACAUAUGGCCAAGAUCUUUGACAACAUCACUGUCCCCAUGGCUCGAGCCAGCAUCCUGUGGCUGAUGGGCGAGUACUGCGAGAGGGUGCCAAAGAUUGCGCCUGACGUUCUGCGAAAGAUGGCGAAGACUUUCACAGCAGAGGAGGACAUCGUGAAGCUGCAGACAGUCAACCUAGCGGCCAAACUCUACCUGACCAACUCUAAACAGACAAAGCUGCUGACCCAGUACAUCCUGAACCUCGGCAAAUAUGACCAGAACUAUGAUAUCAGAGACCGGACGCGCUUCAUAAGACAACUGAUAGUUCCCAGUGAGAAGAGCGGGGCCCUCAACAAGUAUGCUCGGCGCAUUUUAUUGGCUCCUAAACCAGCUCCAGUCCUUGAGUCUUCUUUUAAAGAUCGCGACCGUUACCAACUCGGCACUCUGUCCCACAGCCUCAAUAUUAAAGCUACUGGAUACCAGGAGCUGUGUGACUGGCCGGCUGUCGCUCCAGACCCAUCUGUGAGGAACGUGGAGGUCCCUCAGCCAGUGAAGGAGUGGGCACCGUCAGUUGGGAAAACCAAGCAAGCGAAGUCCGAUAAGUUUUAUUCAGACGAUGAAGAUGAGAAGGAAGAGGAAGGAUCUGACAGUGGCACUGGGAACAGCAGCAGCAGCAGCAGUAGUAGCAGCAGCAGCAGUAGUAGUAGUAGUGAAGAGUCAGGCAGUGAAAGUGAGGAGGAAAGCAGUGAAGAGUCAGAGAAGACCUCUAGUGAUUCUGGAAAGAGUUCCAGUGGAUCUGAAGAGAGCUCCACUGAAUCUGAAUCAGACCAGAAGAAGAAGAAGAAGAAGAAGAAAAACAUCAAGAAGACGUUGCAGAAGAGAAACAAGCAACCAACUGUUGCUGACAGCGACUCGGAUGAAAACGGUAACGGGCCCGUCAAACGGGCCAGCAGCUCCUCGGCUGAAAGCUCCUCAGAGACGGACUCUGAGGACAGCUUGGAUUCAGAUCCUCCUAAAGUGCAGCAGAAUAAAAACAUCCAGGUCAAGUCCAAGCCCAAGGUGGAAAAGAAGCCAAAGAACGAAGUUUCUCUCCUGGACCUGGACGACUUUUCUCCUGCACCAACGAGUGCUCCGAAUUCCGCAUACGUGUCAUCGAGCCUCCUGUCCGACCUCGAGGGACUGUCUCUCUCCAACGUCUCCACCUCCUUCCAGGUCACCACUCCCACUUUCGGACCCGUGAAAACCUAUGAGCUGCUGCACCAUAUGACAGGAAAAGGUCUCUCUGCCAAGUACCACUUCCCCAGGCAGCCGUGUUUGUACCAGCCCAGCAUGGUGGCCGUACAGGUCACGCUGACCAACAGCUCGGACCACAGCCUGGAGGAGAUCCACAUAGGCGGCCGAAACCCUGCGAGCCUCAACAUCCACUGCUUUAACACCGUCGAGCGGCUGGAGUCAGAGGCCUCGGUGACAGUUUCCAUGGGUAUUGACUUCAGCGACUCGACGCAAGCAGCCAACUUCCAGUUGUGCACCAAGGAGGACCAGUUUAAUGUGUCUAUCCAGCCUGCUGUAGGAGAGCUUUUGAUGCCCUGCACUAUGACAGAGCAGGACUUCUGCAAAGAGCAAGGUAAGCUCCUGGGCAUGAAUGAGACCUCGGCAACCAUCACCAUGGCAACGGCAAGCACGUCCGUCCAGACUGUGAGGAAGCAGGUCCUGUCUGUGGCCAACGUAGGAGUGGUUUCGUCCAGCCAAAGCACCUUCCACAGGUUCGCUGGGCGGACCGUCAGCAGCGGAUCUCUGGUCCUGCUCUCGCUGGAGGUGAAGGACUCUGCAGCCGUGCUCACCAUCAACACGGAGAAGAGCGUCGUGGCUUCCAUGUUGCUGCGAGACCUCAAACAGGCCCUCGCCCAAGCGUAGAGCACAGCCCCCUCCCUCCUGUAGCGUAAGGUAAAGCGGAAACGGCGCGUAGACGUAACUUGAGUGAAGCAGUUGAUCCCCUGGAGACAACGUUUUCAAAUGUGAGACUGUUAAAACCUCCAUCGCAAAUAUGCCAAACUAUGUGGUCGCCUCUCUGUGGCGAUGGUUCAAGUGAUGAUUACAACAGGUCACUGCUGCCUCUUGCACAGUGCUACAGGCCAAGUCUUCUGUGCCUUUACAUUAUUUUUCAACCCAAUUAAAAUCAAUGUUUGUGCCUUUUAGUAACCGGGAAAAUACUUCUCCCCACGGUUUCAACUUCUGUAAACAUGUUAAAGUGUUAAACCUUUAGAAGCUCUUAUAACUAGUCGGAGUCUGUAGUUUUACAUUCCAACAUAUAAACUGCCUCGAUUUGUUAAAGUGCCUUCUACAUGAAAAUAAGGUUAUUUAGAAAGCGAAGCAUUUUUAUUAGAUCUAAAUCAAUGAGGUCUUUUCAAUUGUGUCGCUUUUGCUGAAUAAUAAAGAAGUAAUGUAUAAAAACAA